AGCGGAGGCGCUUUCCCGGGGCUGGGCGCUGCUGCGGGCGGCCUGGAGGAGCGCUGGCGAGGCGCGGGCGGCCGGCGCUCGGCUUGUCGGACCGCAGCCCUCGCUCUCCGGCGCGGCGUGGCACGGCGCGGCCCCACUGACCCGGGGGGGGGUCCGGCAGCAAGAAUUGUAAAGUAAAUCCAUCAGAAUGACACCUUCUCAGGUUACCUUUGAAAUAAGAGGAACUCUUUUACCAGGAGAAGUUUUUGCCAUAUGUGGAAGCUGUGAUGCCUUGGGAAACUGGAAUCCUCAAAAUGCUGUGACUCUUCUUCCAGAGGAUGAGACAGCUGAAAGCAUGUUAUGGAAAGCAUCUGUUGAACUCAAUAGAGGAGUAUCAGUUCAGUAUCGCUACUUCAAAGGGUGCUUUUUAGAACCAAAGACUAUCGGUGGUCCAUGUCAAGUCAUAGUUCACAAGUGGGAGACUCAUCUACAACCACGAUCAAUAACCCCUUUAGAAAGUGAAAUUAUUAUUGAUGAUGGACAAUUUGGAAUUCACAAUGGUAUUGAAACUCUGGAUUCUGGAUGGCUGACAUGUCAGACUGAAAUAAGAUUACGUUUGCAUUACUCUGAAAAACCUCCAGUCUCAAUAACCAAGAAAAUAUUUAAAAAAUCUAGAUUUAGGGUAAAGCUUACACUAGAGGGUCCAGAGGAAGAUGAUGAUGAUAGGGUAUCUCCCACUGUUCAUCACAAAAUGUCUAAUAGUCUGGAGAUAUCCUUAAUAAGUGACAAUGAGUUCAAGUGCAGGCAUUCACAGCCAGAGUGUGGGUAUGGUUUACAGCCUGAUCGUUGGACAGAAUACAGCAUACAAACAAUGGAACCAGAUAACCUGGAACUAAUCUUUGAUUUCUUUGAGGAAGAUCUCAGUGAGCCCGUAGUUCAAGGUGAUGCCCUUCCUGGACAUGUGGGCACAGCAUGCCUUUUGUCAUCUACCAUCGCUGAGAGUGGUAGGAGUGCUGGGAUCCUUACUCUUCCCAUCAUGAGCAGGAAUUCCAGGAAAACAAUUGGCAAAGUAAGAGUUGAUUUUAUCAUCAUUAAGCCAUUGCCAGGAUACAAUUGUGACAUGAAAUCUUCAUUUUCCAAGUAUUGGAAGCCAAGAAUACCACUGGAUGUUGGCCAUCGGGGUGCAGGGAAUUCAACAACAACUGCCCAAUUGGCUAAAGUACAAGAAAAUACAAUUGCUUCUUUAAGAAAUGCUGCUAGUCAUGGUGCGGCCUUUGUGGAAUUUGAUGUACACCUUUCAAAGGACUUUGUGCCUGUGGUAUAUCAUGAUCUCACCUGUUGUUUGACUAUGAAGAAGAAAUUUGAUGCUGAUCCAGUCGAAUUGUUUGAAAUUCCAGUAAAGGAAUUAACAUUUGACCAACUCCAGUUGCUAAAGCUUUCUCAUGUGACAGCACUAAAAUCUAAAGAUCGGAAAGAAUCUGUGGUUGAAGAGGAAAGCUCCUUUUCUGAAAACCAGCCAUUUCCUUCUCUUAAGAUGGUUUUAGAGUCUUUGCCAGAAGAUGUAGGAUUUAACAUAGAAAUAAAAUGGAUCUGUCAACAAAGGGAUGGAAUAUGGGAUGGAAACUUGUCAACAUAUUUUGACAUGAAUCUGUUUUUGGAUAUAAUUUUAAAAACUGUUUUAGAAAACUCUGGGAAGAGGAGAAUAGUGUUUUCUUCAUUUGAUGCAGAUAUCUGCACAAUGGUUCGUCAAAAGCAGAACAAAUAUCCCAUAUUAUUUUUGACUCAGGGAAAAUCUGAUAUUUACCCUGAACUAAUGGAUCUCAGAUGUCGAACAACCCCCAUUGCAAUGAGCUUUGCACAAUUUGAAAAUAUUCUGGGGAUAAAUGCACAUACUGAAGACCUGCUCAGAAACCCAUCCUAUAUCCAAGAGGCAAAAGCCAAGGGACUAGUCAUAUUCUGUUGGGGUGAUGAUACCAAUGAUCCCGAAAACAGAAGGAAAUUGAAGGAAUUUGGAGUUAAUGGUCUAAUUUAUGAUAGGAUAUAUGAUUGGAUGCCUGAACAGCCAAAUAUAUUCCAAGUGGAGCAAUUGGAACGCCUGAAGCAAGAAUUGCCAGAACUUAAGAGCUGUUUGUGUCCCACUGUUAGCCGCUUUGUCCCUUCUUCUCUGUGUGGGGAGACUGAUAUUCAUGUGGAUGCCAACGGCAUUGAUAACGUGGAGAAUGCUUAGUGAUUAUUGAAUAGAGGCCUUUGGGGGCCUGCGCUGCUCUUCUGGGUAUUACAUUUUCAUCACUGAGCAUUAUGACUUUUGGGUUUUGCAGUCCAACGAAGCAAUAAUGAAGUAUUUUAUUCUUUCACUACAGUUCUUGCAAGAAUUUCCAGUAUGCUAUUUAAAUCACUUGGCCAGGUAUAAUUACCAGUCACUCUCGGUACAAUGAGAAAAUUUAUUGGUAACUAUUUUAAACUAAAUAUGUAAAGCCUAUAAUGUUAAAACAGAUCUUUAUUAAAAAAAGCAAAACUUUGAAAUUAACUAUUUAAAUAUAUCUCAUUAUUUACACUUAGAAUUUCUGAUUUUGAUCAGGUCUGUAAUCUUUGGCACUUGAGGAAAAUGACUAUGCAUAAUUAUACCUGACCAUGGAAAUAUAAGUACCUCAAAUGCAUGCAUUUGCACUGGCUAUUCCACCUGAGCAAAUCCUGUGCCAUCUGUGUAUAUAGCUAUUUCUACAUGGACUGAUACGCACAUGUACCAUUUUCAUUCAGUAUGAACCUUAAGGCUGCUGCCAUUUUUUUUGUUUUGCUUAACCAAACCAGCCUGAAGGUGAACUUUGAAACUUCGUUUCAUAAAUCUUUCAAAAGUUGCUUUGUAUAAAUGUUAAAAUUCCAAAAAUGCUGCAGGGUAAUUUAAUGUAUAAAAUAUUAGUAAGAAGUAAGUAUUGCAUACUUAGUAGAGUAGAUCACAGUAUAAGUUGGGCUUGUGCAUGCAUUAGGUUGUAAGCAUGAAAUUGUACACGUUUACUGUUAAAAAAAAUCCUUGCAUCUGUGGUGCUAGGUGAGUGUAAGAAGAUGUCAAGGAUUGCAAAUAUUUUGUUGCCUAAAAAUAAAGCCCAUUCAUAAGCAUUUUAAAUAUGCUUAUAGCGCCUCAUGACCUAUUACACACUGUUGCUAGAUGGGGCUUUGUUUUGCAUGUGUUGUACAGUAGUUAAAUGUUCAUUCAGAAAAAUAAAUGUCCUGAAUUCUUACAUUGGUAUUCUUUAUUGGUUAAUAUAUCAUGCAUGUAAUUUAUCUAGGCGUAUAGAGUUUCUUACUAUAUAUCUAUGCAUGUUUUUAGGAUUAUACUAAAGUUUAUUUCAUUAGAAACAGAUUGUAACAACAAUAAUUGUAACUUAAGAAUGAAUGUUAAAUAAAAUGGCAGAUUUAUUUUAUUAUAAAAUGAAAUUUCCAGAAGGUGUCACUUUUGUAGAAUGGUUUUGUAAUGUUACUCUGAGAAACAAAUUUAGUAUUGACCUGAAGCAAUGGCUUCUUUUGCUUCUACAUUUCCCUCUGUAUUCUUUGCAAGGCAGUUUAUUUAUGUAUUGACAUAUUUUGGAAGUAGCUGAGAAUAUUAAGACAUGAAAUUAAAAGUUAUUUGUAUUUAUUUUAA